UACUGGUGUAGUUGCAAAGUUGCAUGAGUGGCGCUGACGAACAGCGAGUGGCUUUGAGCCGCCAAAUGCGGGUGUUUGUUUGAGAAUAAGAAAUUAGACUGUUAUAAGUUAUUAGAAAUCUCAUGUUCUUUUGAGUUAAAAAUGAUUAGUUUUGUAGAAACUUCAUCUCUUGCUGCUUCAUUAAUAGCUCUGUUCUCCUUGGUUUUUGUGAUAAUCUUUAACCUAUACAUUCUCAGAAGGAAUGGAUUUUGUGUGAAUGCGAAUUGUUGGUUCUGCAAUGCUUGGACAAAAGUGCCAUAUAGGAACCGUAAUAGUUUUGACUGUCCCUCUUGUUUGCAAUAUAAUGGAUUUGAUAAAGAUGGAGGUUACAACAAAGUUAUUGAAGCACAACACAACACUUCAUUUACUGAACUUAAUACUACAAAGAAGACUGAACCGUACACAAAUGGUUUAUGUACUUAUUGUAACAAUAAUCAGCAGUUGAAAGUGUAUCAGCUUGCCCAAUUUACGCCUAUUAAUGAAGAAACAUAUGACAAAGAAGUCGAACAUUUUCAGAAGCAGUUAGAUAAAUCCUACAAGCUCUGCAAAAAAUGUGAUAAAGUCUUGAAAUCAACAAUUGAGAAGAAAAAUGCUUGGAUUUUUGGGAAUCGCCUGAAAAAUUUACGUAAAAAAGGCCUGUCCAUAUUAGAUUUAACAAAAUCUUCACAUGGUUUAACUAAAGAUGUUAAGCAAUCAUUUUGCCUGAAAGUGAUAAAAUACACAUUAGUUUCUUUUACUGUUUUAGUGUUAUGUCAAAUUUUGAAUGUUAAAAUUGAUUAUCCAACACAGGAUGUGCAGAAAUAUAUGCCAAAAUCUAUCACACAAUAUGAGUUUAUUCUGAGAGAUAUUUACAGUACAAUAUUCAACGUUUCGAGACGUCUUGAUGAUGAAAUCAAUAAUUUCAAUUCUUAUCUACCAAAAAAUAUAAAAAUUCAAAAAGGAAACUUGUUACCUAUUACAUCUGUAGGAUUUCUUUUGGAUUUUAUUAUUCUUCUCUGUGACAAGACAUCAGUUUUUUCAAAAAUCAAUGGAAUGUUAGGUUGGACAGUGCUCUUUUUAUCAUCAUCCAUAUCAUUCAGACAAGACUACUUCUUUUUCAUAAACAUUUUACAGGUGUUUACAUCUCUGUCGUUGCUCUAUAGUUACCUGACGUAUGAAUCUAUAAAAAAGAAGAAAAAAAUUGGAGGAACAAAGUUUCAAUUCAAGAAGAUCAAGAAACCUAUAGAAGUUUUAGAAAGCUCUGACGAAGAAGAAGUAGAAGAAAUUCAGAAUUCUUCAGAAUCUUCAACCAAGUCAAAAAAUUCAUACAAAAGUUCGAAAUCACUUCACUACCAGUCAGUCCGCUCAUCUUCUCCUGUUCAACAUUUCAGUAGCCCUAUACGUCACAAUGGAGAUCUCAAUCAUAGCUUCACCACUGCCAAAAGUACGACUACUGCCUCAUUCUUCGAUAAUUCUGCUAAUACCAUUAAUAGUUGUGGUUUGCAUAGCGAUUUAAACCAGAGUUUAGAUAAUCUGCAUUUAAGUAACCUCAACUUUAGACCACAGCCCUGUACUUCUCCUAUAUUUUCAGUGAGUUCCUCAAAUCGGCCAAUCCUAUCGCCACCCAAACUCAAAAAUAUAACGCAGAAUCCUUGGACAGCCGGCGGGUUCUGGAAAAAUGACACCAACGUUCUCCCAGUAGCUGUCGCCAAUACUAAUUUAAGUCGUUCAUCUAGUCAAAGUUCGGGAUUCGUUUCUAGCACAGAGCCAGUAAAUAAUAAUUUCAAUUCCUCACCACCUUCGAGAGAUCCAUCAGUAGGUGGGGACGUCGAAAGAUCUUCGAUUCUCUCCGAAUCUGCAUAUCAUUUCAAGCCCAUAAAUUCUAGUGCUACUCAGUUUCUUAAUAAUCAACAACUGUACUAUAAGGCUGAUAAUAAUACUUUUUAUCCAGUUUUGAACCAAAAUAACAUGCUGUUCAUACAGAAUGGUGUACCUACCCAUAAUUUACAUAGUAGUUUUGGAAGUUCAUCCCUAAGAAGUUUCAAUACAAGAGGUGGAGGUUUUCAGUCCCCUCCUUUGUUCAUCGAGAAAUCCCCGAAUACCUUAUUUAGGAAUGCUAACACGAGUGUGAAUGAGCGUAAUUUUAUAAGAAAGCCUUCGUUUUGAUAUAGUUCCAUAAUAUUUUCAAUUCAUCACUUGGAUUUUGAGCUUUUUUUUUUAAUCUGGCUAUGCCCUGACAAAUAAUCAAUAGUUGAUGCCAAGAGUAGGUACCCAGAGAUCCAUUUAUACUGAAAAGAAAAGCGUCUUGAACUCUGUUGCAGAGUCCGACAUGUCAUUUAGUUUUUGAAUACUAUUCUAUGAACAAGCAUACUUUUGUUCAGCUGUAUCCUAUAUGCCACUUUCGAAUGGUAAUUUUCAAUAGAUUAUGAUUGCAAGUUAUUGGAGUUAGAAACUCAACAGAAAAAGAGAACAUACAUUAAAAAAUCUCCCUGUUCCAGAUAAAAUUAACAAAGAAGUUGAAAUGAACUUCAAUAAAGCAAAUUCCUAUUGAAUGUUGCUUGUUUUUAGUUUAUGUAUGACAAAAUCAUAGAAGGGAUUGGUGGGCAUAACUAAGAUCACUCAUAAAUAUUCAUUUUUGAAUAGAUAUUCAAAUUUUUAGCUCCUUGCUCAUUGGUGUCUUUUCUAAAAUAAUUUCGAAAUGUUCCCACCAGAAAUGAGGAGUGGGGUUGAGUUUUGGGUUUUAGAAUGGCUCUGGGUAAUAUAGGUUUUGAAACAAUAUUACUAGGUACAUAUUAUGUCUAUCUGAUCAUAAGAAAUUUUAUUGUUUCAAUUUUUCAAAAACUAUUGCACAUUGAAGUAUUUGCAAUACCUUGUACAUAACAUUAACAACAGUAAAAACUGUUUGGGUAAAAUCCAUGUACUUUUCUAGGCUCCAUGAUGAAACGGGUAAAUAUCAGGAACUUAGUUUUUCAAUAUUUUAAGAAUCUUUUUACAUGACUCUGUGCUGUUGUAAUAUUCAAUAGGUUUAAAGCUAGUUUAAUGUAAGUGUAAAUUUUUAAUGCCAAAACGCUGAUUAGCAGCAGUAUCCUUGUUUCAAUUACGCUACAAGAGGUUGUUUCAUUUUUUCUAUUAUUUAUUUUUGUUAAGUUUGCGUCUUCUUUCACGCGAAAAUAAUUACAGUGUGAUAAUUCAAGUAAAUAUCUUACUUCUCUUUAUGAAGUUUUAUGUAACAUAACGAUAAGUAGCGUUAAUCUGAAGACUAAGAAAUUAACGAAUUGCAAUAUUUUUUUAUUGAACUACAUCUAUUUAUUUUAAUUGAAGGUAAUUAUUGCUUAGUCUUUAUUUUAAAUUGAUUAUGUAUAUGCCCCACAUAUAAAAAUAUUUAUUGUUAUUCGAUUUGUUUGAAUGUAACUUUCUGUGAGAUAUUUGUGAUCAUUUUAAAAUUAUUUAUACACUUAAGAUAAUGAAAAUUUAUAUUUGGGGCACUUGUUAACUCUUUCAAUGGUUCAUUUAGGUUAAGAAUGUUGUAAGCCGUUUGGUUAAUUUUUUAAGUUAUAAUGUAAAUGUCUUUAUAGUCAGUAAUUCACCAAUUUAUAGUUAGUAAAACAGACUAUUUUUGCGACCAUGUAAUAUAUAACGGGAAGUUUUAAAAUGUUUUAUUUUUAUCUGGGCAAGUCAUUCAUGUUUCUGAUAAUUGACAGCAUCAUACGGACAAAAAUCUUCAUGGGUUGAACUGACUUAUUUCUCUUAUUUGCAAUACAACUCAAGACUGAUACAAUUCAAAUUAAUGUUUUCUCAUCACAUAACUUACCAAAAGAGCAUGUUAAUAGGGCUUUAGUUCAAUAUCUUAUUUUUAUGUGUGUGUUGAAUGACGAGUUCUUAAAUGAGUGAAUCAAUUCUUUAAAUCCAAGCAAUGAACAAUAUGAUAUAACUGACCGAUACUUGAUGAAAAUCCAUUAUAACAUAUUCAAAAACCUUGACACGUGUUUCGCUAUACAAUAAUAUCUUCAGGCGCAAGUAUUUUUACGCCUGAAUCAUCUUCAGGAGUUAGUAUUGUGACGCCUGAAGAUGCUAUUGUAUAGCGAAACACAUGUCGCGGUUUUGUAAACAUUAAAGUGUGUUUUGAAUACAAAUCGAUGAGAAUAAACAAGACAUCUUUAACAAAAAGGUCCUAGAACACACAAAAUGACUUGUUAAGUAAAUGAGCAAAUAAACAAAUACUUUAUGAAAAAUGGUUUCAUAAUAAUAAACAUUUAAUAAUGACUAUUUAUGUGGCAAAAAAACUACAUUGGAUCCUAGAAUGAUAUUUGGACUUAUGUUUGCUUUUAAUAAAACCGGUCGUAACAAAUACAAAAUUUAGUUGAAAUCAGACAAAAGUUAUUUUCUUUAUUCUAUAUUCAAUAUGAAUUUCUACAAAAUAAAUAGAACAUCAGUCGAACAAAUAAUUUUUAAUCUCUAGAAUAUUCCUGACUGAGCCAGGUAUAGAAUAUUUUUAAAAACUAAAGGAUUCACUCUCCAAACCAUAUCUACUCAUGCAUCAUAAUAUUUAUUGACCUUUGACAUAUAUACAGUAUACGUAUGUAUUUACUUAUAUCACUUUAUCAUUGCAUGAAUGACUUUGACGCUUUUUAAAAUUCGUCACACAAGAUCUGUGAAGUAUUUCAUCAAAAAUGUUUUUCGUUCUGAACCCUGAAAUAUGUAUAAACGAAGGAUUCAAGUAACAUUUUAUUGUAAGAUUGCCACUGUCUGAUGAAAUUGGCCAAUACUUGAUGAAAAUUUAUGUUUUCAAGUAAAACUGGACAGUGAAGUUUUUCAAUUUAAUGAUGGAAACAAACACUGCCACAAUUUUUACCCCAAGUUACUGGUUUUGGACUAUGUACAAUAAAUAAUGUGUUGAGAA